UUUAGUUGGCCAUACGCCGCACCGCACAGAGGAUCAGAGACAACCUAAUCUCCAUGGAAGGCGAAAUUUUCAAGUCCUCCUUGCCGUGCGAUCCCAGCAAAAUUCCUAAUGUGACUUUGACUGACUACAUUUUCAAGUCUCUUAGGAAACAUUUUUCCGCCGUUGCCGAUAAACCCUGGCUGUUAGAUGUCUGUUCGGGUAAAAAAGUCUUGUUCGGUGAAGUGGAGAAACUGGCAAGAAAAGUGGCGAGUGGCUUGGCUCGACGCGGAUUCGCAAAAGGCGACAUUCUUUACUUCGUCUCCUACGACAUAGUGGACAUUGCUAUUCUUCAACUCGCUGUUUGGCUCUUGGGAGGAGCAACUCGGGGCAGUUUUCAGGUUGAAGAACCAGAGGAGUUUAGACGGCAAAUGAACGAGAUUCAUUGUAAAUUCGUGGCAGUUGAUGAUGAAACUGUGCAAUUGAUUAAAAAAGCAAUCAGUCUGGCUGAUAUGGACUGCACAAUUAUAAUUGUUGGCGAUUCCGAUAUUGAAGGGACUUUGAAAUAUUCAGCACUGACCAAUGAUGACGGAACAGCAUUUCCUGAGGCGGUGGAAAUCGAUCCGAAAAAUGACGUUCUUCUUAUUUACAACACAAGUGGAAGCACUGGCACGCCAAAAGGAGUGGUGCACACGCAUGAAACAGUUGUUUGCGUUAUGGCAAGCUUUGAAGGAAUGCUAGCUGACUCAAACGAUGAGAGCAUAUUGAUCACCGCCAGCAAUUUCGCCAUUUCAAAUACGUGGACCACUUCUGUACACCUCGCGACUGGCAACACUAUGUACUGCAUCAGCAAAUACAGGAAGGAAGAAUUUCUCGACCACAUGCUCAAGUUCAAGCCACGGAAAACGUUCCUGUACCCUUACAUAUCCGGAUGGCUGGCGCGUUCUCCUGAAUUGCAGAAGCACGAUUUUAGCUUCUUAAAGGAAAUAAUGCUUGGUGGGUCGGUCAUGGAUCCGACAACGAUGCGCCUCUUGCAACAGGCAUUUCCGCAUUCAGUCAUUAGAAUGACCUAUGCUUCUACAGAGACAAUGGGAGUUUCAGUUACCGUCAACAGUCCUAAAAUUCCACUGCAAUUCCCUAUGUUCGGGCAUUCCCCUGAUGGCGAGGAAAUGGUAUCAUCUGGAAUUCUUUUUCCUCUUUCACAAGCAAAAAUAGUUGACUUGGAGACAAAUAAAUUACUAAGUCGCAACAUGCUUGGCAAACUGCUUGUUAGGGGGAUGCACAUGAUGAAAGGCUAUUUGGUUGAAAAAGGAAAAGAGCUCAACAGAUCGUGCUUUGACGAGGAAGGCUGGUUUGACACUGGGGACGUCGCAUUUUUCGAUUCGACCGGCCAACUCUUUGUGAGAGAAAGAGUUUCCUUCAUGUUCAAAUACUACAUGCACUUUGUGAACCCUACUGAAAUCGAAGCUAUUCUGCAAGAGCAUCCCGCCGUCCAAAUGGCCUGCGUGAUCGGCGUGCCAAACAAGGAAACCACAAACCUCGCAAAAGCUAUUGUUGUUUUAAAGGAAGGAAACACCACCUCUGAAGAGGAACUGCUCAAGCUUGUGGCGGACAAGCUGCCUUUUUACAAACAUCUCUACGGCGGACUGCAGUUUGCCGAUUCGCUGCCCGAAAGUAAAGGGAGAAAAGUGGACAGAGUUGCCAUAUUGAAAAUGUAUUCUUGAGGCGCUCGAGUCUCCCUAAUGAUUCAUGCUUUUUACGUAUUUGAUUUCACACUUUGUGCUACAAAUUAAAUACAUAUUUAAUUGAUAUAGAGGGCGGAGCGAUAAUUAUUUUGGCGUAUAAUUAGAUAUUUUUUGUGUUAAUAAAUAAAUACAACUUUAUAUCGUGACAAAUAAAGCAAAUGAGAAUAUAAAAAA